AUGGCAGAUCUACUACACGACUAUCCUCUCGAUUGCGCUAGGAGGGACAUCCGGCUAUUGACAAUCUUACCCGCUUGGAAGUCUGAAGCUCCUAUUAAAUGUUCCCUGCAGGUUGCAUCAUUGGACACUUUCCCUAAAUAUGAAGCCAUCUCAUAUGUAUGGGGUGACAUUGGAGAGGUGAAUGAUAUCCUACUGGACAGGUGUGCAAUUCCGGUCCCAAGGAAUGUCCGCCGAAUCUUGCAAAGACUCCGCCACCGCACGAAGCGACGCGUUAUAUGGAUAGACUUUGUCUGCAUUAAUCAAGGUGACGUGGCAGAGAAGAACACCCAGGUUCCCUUGAUGAGUGCAAUAUAUGCCAAUGCUACAUCUGUGAUCGCAAUCAUCAGCUUGGAUAACCUCUGUCAAAAUGCGGCAGAUGUCAUUAAGUGGCGGGAGAUGUCCACCUGGGAGAACCGGCGAUGGAACAACGCAUGCUGGUGGAUAAAAGGCGUUAUAUGCCGAAUAUCAGUGCGGUAUGAAAAGCGCUUUUCUGUGUCUCUUAGGAACAUUCUCGAUUUUGAUCACCAUUUUUUCUUCGCGGAGUACUGGACGCGAAUGUGGACAUUUCAAGAAUAUCGAUUGUCUCAAGGGAAUCCACCAAUCUGUAUAUGUGGCGAUGUGGAACUCCCAGCCACAGCUACGUUCGAUCAUUACCAGACACACUUAAAUGCAAUUAAGUUUAUAUCAGAGAUGCGGUCUAGGGUUAUAACCGGGAGACGGACGCGAUUAAAAGAUCACUACGCAGAAAUUAAAACACAAAUUGACAAUCUGAAUGGGUGGUUUUCCCUUCAAGAUAGUCAAAAUGUCGCCGUCAGACAUACGUGGACCUCAGACAAGGACGAGAUAUCGGUGCUAUCCCUCCUAGAUGAAACAAGAGGGCGCAAGUGCCAAAACCCAAAAGACAAAAUAUAUGCCUUGUAUGGUCUUCUCCCGUCAUUGCAGAAGGCAUAUCCGCCAGAUUAUAAUAAGUCUCUGUCCCAAAUUAGCUUCGAAACAGCAAAGUACAUUCUUCAAGAGGGGCUCGAGAAUAUCGCUAUGCUAAAUAUGUUCUGCCUGCGGGAGGAUCGGCUGGAGAACAUUUCGAUUCCUUCUUGGGUGCCAGAUCUCACAACGACAGGUUCGAUUUCCACGGCCACUAAUAGGCUUUGUCACUCUAAGCGGCUUGCCCUCAGCGGUUGUUUCCUCCCAAUACAAGCACAGUGCUAUCCUGAGUUCACAGAAGAUCCUUCGGUCUUACGCAUAUCGGGGCGUCCGAUUGGAAAAUGCAGACCAAUCUUUCAGUUCGCAUCCGACGUGAAGAGCGUUCUGGCCCAAAUAAUGGGGGAAAUUAAAAUGCACGGUGAUGGGCGCCAUGUGUGGGAUAAUGUCUGGGGGCCUGAGAAUAUCCCCCACAGAUUCCUUCGAGCAUGCUCUUUUUUUUCCAACUAUGGGGUUGCCACAUGUGCUAUCGACGACCCAGGAUUUUCCUUGGCCAGGCUCCGUGCCGUAUUCGAGAUAUUGGACUUGAUUCACCAAGAUGCUGACACAAUCCUGGAAACCUUGGCCGAAACGGGGUUUGAAUUCCUGAGAGACCUGGUGCCGAGACUAUAUAACAUCAAGGUUUUUACUAUCCACCAUACAUCCUUUGUCGGCUUUGGCCUCAGUGAACAAAGUGUGGAAGAAAAUGACCAAGUGGUCGUUAGCGUUUGUCAGUUUGAUAUGCCCUUUGUACUGCGACAAAGCUAUGGUGUAGACUAUAAUGGUGACCAAGUCUACUAUAAGUUGGUAGGUUUUGCGUAUGUGGACGGAAUCUGCGUUGACGAUGUGGAACGGUUUGAGGCUACGGAACAGUCUAAUCCAUAUCUUGACCAUGUGUGCACAGUGCCAUACAAGAAGCUUCUUUUAAACUGA